CGAACAGUUCGUACCGGUUCGUUCGUACGAGAGGAUCCGUCGUCGCAACGCCGUUUGUGUGUUAUUCCAACUCGUUGUGCUUUCGAAGCGAGGAGAAAACUUUGUUAACCAUAUCACCGUACAUAUUUAAUUUGUUUUCACCGCCGUCGCCAGUGCGUCGUUAGAGCGAGCGUUGUGCGGCGAUCGUUUUUUUUUUUUUUUUUUGUUAUUAUUUUUCAACCGUCGAAUACGCGUCGACGCUUAUGUGCUGCGCUCGGGUUGCAUAUUGAAAAAUGCCGCCGUCGUCGUGUAAGAAGCGCCGUUGUAGUGUCGCGACCGUCGUGAUGUGGUGGAUCGCGUUGGCCGCUCUGGUGUCCGUCGCCGCGAGCAUCGACGGGUGUCCGGAAGGCUGCUCGUGCAAGUGGAAAGGCGGCCGUCCGACCGUCGAGUGCGUCGACCGCGCGCUCAUCACCGUGCCCACCGGAGUGGAUCCGAACACCCAAGUGCUGGACCUGUCCGGCAACAACCUGCAGAUAUUGCCCAACGAGACGUUCGCCAAGGCCGGGUUGGUCAACUUGAAAAAGGUGUACUUGCGCAACUGCCGAAUCGGACAGAUUGCCGAGACAGCGUUCCGCGGUCUCGCCAACUUGAUCGAGCUGGACCUGUCCAACAACCUGUUGACCCAAGUGCCUUCGUUCGUGUUCCGCGACAUACCGUACUUGCGCGACUUGUCCGUCGCGGAGAAUCCCAUCCAAAAGAUCGAAAGUCGAGCGUUCGUCGAGUGUCCGGGCAUCGUCAAGCUGGACGUAUCGCACUGCGGUCUGCAGUCGGUCGGAGCCCACGCAUUCGACGGCGUCACCCGCUUGGAAACGCUCAAGAUCAACGACAACAAACUGAGCGAACUGUCGGCCACCGUUCUCCAGUCAUUCAGCAAGCUCAAUUCCAUCGAGCUGCACGACAACCCGUGGGUGUGCGAUUGUUAUCUAAGACCGAUGAAGAUCUGGCUAUCCGGCAACAACGUGCCGUACAGUCAGCCCGCCCUCUGUGCGGGAGGGCCCGAACGACUGUCCGGCAAGCCGUUGAUGGCGUUGGACGUCGAGGACUUCGAUUGUCGCCCGGACGUGCGCGUUGAAUCGCGUUACGUGGACGUGGCUGAGGGCGCCAACGUGUCGGUUCGGUGUCGCGUCGAGCCCGGUUCGAUGGCUCACAUCGCGUGGUACCUCAACGGCCGUCGGCUGCAAGCGGCCGGCGUGCCCGUCGGUUAUCCCGCGGCGUCCACCAAUCCACGCGUAAUGGUCGUGGACACGGCUGACGACGGCAGCGGUCGUCGCAGCGAAAUGACGCUGACGGACGUGCGCAAAGAGGACGCCGGUCAAUAUUCGUGUCUGGCCGAGAACAGGGCCGGUAACUCGGAAGCCAACUUUACGGUAUACGUGACGGAACGGCCGUCAGUGAUCAUGUCCACUUUCGUAGCGGGCCACAUAAACGGUAUAGCCGCCGCAUUCGCCGCCCUCAUAGUGUUCAUCUUGGUGUUGAUCGCUCUGACAGUGAUGCGGAUCCGCCGGUCCGGUUACCCGUCCGACUCGAAACCCGCCGCGGCCGCCCAUUCGACCGUCGACUACCACCAUCAACACAAGCCCAGCGUUAUGACGGGAGUCGGCAAGACCAACCCCGCGCUGGAUAUAUCGUCCGUGAUCGAGCGCAAUUACGACCCGGACUUGGAACCGCGUCCGUCGGCCCUCACGCCGACCGGGUCUUACCACGUGACCGGACUGGACCUGAUCCACGACCACGACGCGUCCCGCCUGGAGAUGUGCGAUUCGCCCAUGUCGGCCAAACCGCCGUCGUACUACAGCAGUAGCAACCGGACGACGACCACCGGCACGAUGCGCAACUAUGACGACCGGACGCCCAUCAUUGGCGGCGGCGGCGGAGACGCGUACAGCGUUGGCACGGGAUCGGACGAGGUGUUUUCGUACAACAGCGGCCAACAUCCGUAUCCGAUGCAGCCGCCCGUCAUGUCGAACAUGAACAACGGCAGCGGCGACUACCCGGCCGACUACGGGUUGCCCAUCAUACCGCCUUUGCCGCAACACCAUCACGCGCACCACCCGGAGGACAACAUGCACCUUCACCAACAGCACCAUCAGCACCAGCUCCAGCAGCACCAACAGCAGCAGCAGCAGCUACUGCAACAGCAGCAACCCUCGGUGAAGACUUUGAGGGUGUGGCAGAGAGGAGUGCCGGUGCUGCCGACCACGCCGUCCCUUCAACGGUUCGCCAACAGAACGUCCCCGACGACGCCCGGGACGGACGUGUGAACGAGUAAAAAAACGCCGACGGGAAGACCAUAUUAUAUUUAAAAAAAAAAAAAAAGGAAUCUUCGACUGGCUUGGGCCGCGUUUCCUAAUGGCUUUAUAAUGACACGGGCCCGGGGCGGGGCGGGACGGGUAAAUAGGUUUUGUUUUGAUAAAUCUUUUUUAUUCAUUUAAUUUUCAUUUCUUUUUUAUAAUAUGUAAUCAAGAUAUGCUUUUCUCUUCUGCGUUUACUCUUUGCCACUUUUUACACGUGCUUAAGCCCCUUCUUACUCGGGUUCUUUCAAAAAACCGUUUGUUAUUUUUGUUAUCUUGGCGUUUUUCCUUUCCCAUCAUAAUCAUAAUAUUAUUAUUUAAAGUAUAGUACCUAUACAUUAUUAUAAUUUCUCGCGGAGACACCUGCAGUUAGAACAUUAUAUAGCAACAUAUAGUUAGUGAUAGUAGUACCUAGUUGCAAACAAGGGACGGCGACUGUUAUUAUUAUUACUUGUACCGACGACCGCUGCUUUUUAUAGUAUUAUUUUUUUCUUGGUUUUUGUUUUUAAACAACAAGGUUAUACCGAUUGUUGUUGGUCGUCCGAAGAACCGAAUUUGAUUAUCCAGGGUUCUUUUUUUUCCCCCUUUCAGCGGCCGUGAGAUCUCAUUCGUUACGGAGAUGCGCGUCAUGCCGAAUGUUCCUAUGUGUUUAGGGUAUUAUGUUGUACAAAACUACGGUUUUAUAAUAUUGAAAAUAUUAUUAUAUGUAAUGUAGGAUGUUUUUUUUUAUUAGGAUAGUUUUUCUCUCCAAAAUAUGGCUGUGAUGAUUUGUAGUUUUUCUUUUACUUAGGAAAAACUUUUUUUUUUUUUUGUAAAAUAUUAUUAUUGUGUAAAAAAUGUAUAUAAGAAUAUUAUGACGAAAUGCCAAAAUCAAACAAUUUUUUUUUUUUAUUUAAGUUAAGCGAAACACUAUAAUAUUAUUAUUAUAUGAAAAAAAUAGUUUUUCACUCGCCGAAUGCUACUGCUGUUGUACUAUAAUAUUAUGUUCGGCGAUUGAAUUAUAAAAUAUGUUGUAAAAUGUAAAUUAUUAUUGAUCAGUGCGUAAUCAUAUUAGUAGAACGUUAUAUGUUAAUGUAUUAACGUUAUCAUAUUGUUGUCUACCUAAUUUGAAUCGAUUUGUACCUAUUCCAUUUUGUAUUAUAAUAUGUAUAAUCAUUAAGACGAUAAAUAAAAUUAAUUUAUUUUUAUAAUUAUCAUUAUAGUAUAUUACAUUAGUA